GCGAGUUUACGCUUGCAUGGAACCCACCCCUCCAGUGAUGCCCUACUGCAGUGUGUGUAUAUAGGAGCGAGGGACUCGCUGGAGUCUAGGAGGAGUUGCGGCAAGGUCGGGAAAGCAUCCUUUGACUAUAAACACUCAAAUAGACCAGCCACGGGAACAAUUAGCAUUACAAAGUCAUCUCGCAGCUUAAAGACCGAGAAUUGUCUCGGCUCUUUUACUUGCACUGAGCAGCAUCAGUUGGAGCCGAAAGCAGAUACCUUCUUCUUACUGAGCUUGUUGAGUGAGCUAACAUUCUCCAUUUGUGUCCGCAUGUCUGGAGUCGUGCUGCCAGUUUGAACGCGGCAAAGCGGCAGUCACCCUCACUGAAUUUGAAGGCACGUUUCCUGUGAACGAGCAUCCAGGCAGACUUUCACCACCAGGGAAGUGGACGGGAUUGUGCCUGCUACUUCUAUGUUUGGGACAUCUGGUACAAGGACGGUAACAUCAGUUUAGUGUAGUUGACGCGAACAGACACGAGUUGAGGUAAACAUUUAGCUAGCUAUUGUUUUCAACAGCCCACCCUCUGCUGAUAGGUAACGUUGAUAUUUGCCAUGUCAGACCCAGCGUCACCGGCUGACUCUCCCGCUCAGGGAGAUCAAGCCCCGCCAGAAUCCGAGGGGCUGACCGUGGACGCUGGUUUGAAACCUGCCGGUCCGACACCAAGCCAGAGUCGGUUUCAAGUGGAUCUCGUGACAGAAGCAGCCGGCGCCGCGGCUCGAGAUGCUUCUGAAAAUGCAUCUGGCGACAAAGCCGCUCCCGUUUCGGAGGAAGCAGCCAGCGGCGAGGAGGCGAAGGGCAGAUUUCGGGUAGUGAACUUUGUGGAUCCAAGCGGGGCUGAGAGCCCACCAGACGGUGCCCCCGAGGGUUACCAGAAUGGAGACACCGUAAUGAGUGAAAGUAGCCUGCAUUCAUCGACUGGAGGCCAGCACCAAUAUCACUAUGACACUCACACCAACACCUAUUACCUAAGGACUUUUGGUCAUAACACCAUAGAUGCGGUUCCGAACAUCGACUUUUACCGGCAAACUGCAGCGCCCUUGGGCGAUAAGCUCAUCAGACCCACCCUUUCAGAGCUGCAUGACGAGUUGGACAAGGAGCCGUUUGAAGAUGGUUUCGCCAACGGUGAGGAGCUGACCCCGGCUGAGGAGGCGGCAGCCAAGGAGGCGGCCGACUCCAAGGGUGUGACGAAGUUCGGAUGGGUCAAAGGCGUGUUGGUGCGCUGCAUGUUGAACAUUUGGGGGGUGAUGCUCUUCAUCCGCAUGACAUGGAUCGUGGGCCAGGCGGGAAUCGUGUACUCCUGCCUUAUUGUUGCCAUGGCUACCGUGGUGACCACCAUUACUGGCGUCUCAACGUCUGCGAUUGCGACAAACGGCUUUGUACGAGGAGGAGGGGCCUACUACUUGAUAUCAAGAAGUUUAGGUCCUGAAUUUGGAGGAUCCAUUGGCCUCAUCUUCGCCUUCGCCAACGCUGUGGCUGUGGCCAUGUACGUCGUGGGCUUUGCUGAAACAUUUGUGGAGCUUCUAGGGUCAGCGGACCUCGUCAUGAUUGACCCGGUCAAUGACGUCCGGAUCGUCGGAGUCAUCACGGUCAUUCUCCUUCUGGGUAUCUCUGUAGCAGGGAUGGAGUGGGAGGCCAAGGCCCAGAUCUUUCUGCUUAUCAUCUUGAUAACUGCCAUUUUCAACUACUUCAUUGGCUCCUUCAUCCCCGUGGAGGAAAAGAAACAAUAUGGCUUCUUUGGCUACGACACCACUAUAUUGUUGGAGAACAUGGGUCCUGACUUCCGAGGGGAGACGUUCUUCUCUGUGUUCUCCAUCUUCUUCCCAGCUGCCACUGGUAUUCUCGCUGGUGCUAACAUCUCAGGAGAUCUUGCGGAUCCACAACAAGCCAUUCCAAGGGGAACUCUUCUGGCCAUUUUAAUCACAGGGAUAGUUUACUUGGGCGUGGCCAUCUCUACAGGAGGCUGCAUUUCUCGUGAUGCCCCCGGCCCUGCUAUGACACUGAACGCGACUGAGGGAUUUGGCAACUGCACAGACUUCUCCUGCCUUGAUUUUUCAUACUGCAAACCCGGACCGGGGAUGGAUGAUAAAUCAAUCUGCAAGUUUGGGCUUCACAACGACUUCCAGGUCAUGAGCACGGUGGCUGGCUUCUCACCCCUCAUCACAGCUGGCAUCUUCUCAGCCACCCUCUCUUCCGCCCUGGCCUCUCUGGUCAGCGCUCCUAAAGUGUUCCAGGCUCUAUGCAAAGACAAUAUCUACCCAGGAAUCGGCUGGUUCGGCAAGGGCUUCGGCAAGAACAACGAGCCUCUGAGAGGCUACAUUCUUACCUUCUUCAUCGCUUUGGCUUUUAUCCUCAUUGCGGAGUUGAACGCCAUUGCUCCCAUCAUCUCCAAUUUCUUCCUGGCCUCCUACGCCUUGAUCAACUUCUCCGUGUUCCAUGCUUCCCUCGCAAACUCCCCAGGCUGGCGCCCCAGCUUCAAGUGGUACAACAUGUGGGUGUCCCUGGCCGGGGCAGGCCUGUGCUGCGUGGUGAUGUUUGUCAUCAACUGGUGGGCCGCCCUCCUCACAAACGUCAUCGUCAUGUCCCUCUACAUCUACGUCAGCUACAAAAAGCCUGAUGUCAAUUGGGGAUCCUCCACACAGGCGCUGACCUACCACCAAGCUCUGACCAACAGCCUUCAACUCUGCGGAAUUGCCGACCAUGUCAAGACCUACAGACCGCAGUGUCUGGUGAUGACUGGUGCUCCUAACGCUCGGCCGGCGCUGCUCAACCUGGUGCACGCCUUCACCAAGAACGUCGGCCUGAUGGUCUGCGGACAUGUCCGCGUCACCAACCGCAAGCCCAACUUCAAAGAGAUGAACAACGACAUUGUGCGCUACCAGCGCUGGCUCCUCAACAACAACUCCAAGGCCUUCUACACACCUGUGCUGGCCGAGGACCUGAGACAGGGCACACAGUACCUCCUGCAGGCUGUGGGACUGGGCCGGCUGAAGCCCAACACACUGGUGGUUGGCUUCAAGAACAACUGGAGGGAUGGAGACCUGAGGGAGGUGGAGACCUACGUCAACCUCAUCCACGAUGCCUUCGACUUGCAGUAUGGCGCCGUCAUCCUGAGGCUGAGUGAAGGCCUGGAUAUCUCCCACAUCCAAGGACAAGAUGAUACAUCGGGGAUGAAGGACGUAGUGGUGUCCAUCGACAUGAGCAAAGACUCGGACGGGGACUCCUCCAAGCUCUCCUCCAAAGCCACCAGCGUCCAGAACAGCCCCGCUGUCCAGAAAGAGGAUGACGACGACGGCAAAGCCCCUACGCAGCCCCUGUUGAAAAAAGAUAAAAAGAGCCCAACCGUGCCUCUGAACGUGGCUGAUCAGAAGCUGCUGGAGGCCAGUCAGCAAUUCCAGAAGAAGCAGGGCAAAGGCACUGUGGACGUGUGGUGGCUGUUCGACGAUGGUGGUCUCACUCUGCUCAUCCCAUACCUGCUCACCAACAAGAAGAAGUGGAAGGACUGCAAGAUCCGUGUCUUCAUCGGUGGCAAGAUUAACCGCAUCGACCACGACCGCAGAGCGAUGGCCACUCUCCUCAGCAAGUUCAGGAUAGACUUCUCCGACAUCACCGUCCUCGGGGACAUCAACACCAAGCCCAAGUCGGAGAGUGUGGCUGCCUUCACACAACUGGUGGAGCCGUACAGACUGAAGGAGGACGACAUGGAGCAGGAGGCGGCGGAGAAGCUUAAGGCUGAGGAGCCCUGGAGGAUCACCGACAACGAGCUGGAGCUCUACAAGGCCAAGAGCAAUCGGCAGAUAAGGCUGAACGAGCUGUUGAAGGAGCACUCGAGCACAGCAAACCUCAUUGUCAUGAGCAUGCCCCUGGCCAGAAAGGGGGCAGUGUCCAGCGGUCUGUAUAUGGCCUGGCUGGAGACUCUGUCCAAGGACCUCCCCCCCCUCCUGCUGGUGCGUGGCAACCACCAGAGCGUCCUGACCUUCUACUCUUAAGAGGAAAGCACACUAUCCUAAGCAUGCACACACACACACAGCUUCAUGCGCACACACACACACACACACACACACCCCUCCACCCCACCUGCUGUUUAGACCCUUCACCUCUCCUCCUCAUCACUCACUCUCUCUCACACACACACACACACACACACACAAGCGAUACGGCGAUGAAGAGGAGCAGCCGGUGCGAUGAUCUAAUAGUGAUGAUGACAUUAAUAAUGAUGAUGGUGGAGACCGUACCACUGGGCCAGUGGAGGGAGGGGUGGGGGUGGGUUAGGGUCCAACCUCUAUAGUGUUGCCACAGUUGGCGAGGUUGGUUCCCGUGGAAACGCAGGGUACGUUCUGCACCCCUGUUUCAUCUUGGUGAUGGAAGAGGUGACGAGAAUAAUCUUCAAAGGUCAAUUUAUUUUCAUUUCAUUGUUUUUUUUGUUUGUUUUUUCUUUCUUUUUUUUUUUCCCAAAGAAAGGCACCUGAAUAUGCAGAGGUCACGUUUGAUAGGAUUGUUAUUAUUAAUAUGAUGAAUGUUAUUAUAAUCAUCAUUAUUAUUAUUAUUACUACUAUUUUAAUUAUUGUCAGUCACAGUUUCUAAGUUAUUGUUCAUUUUUUUGCUGCAGUAAUCAGCAAUAAUCACCCUUGUUUCCUUUUUCCUCACAUGGAAGAGAACCAUGCAGAAUGCAUUUGCAACACCUUCAAUAGCCUUAAACACGUGCCUUCCAGUUCAAUCAAAUUACAUUUAACUUUUUUUUUUAAUUCAGGGUUGUUUUGCUUUUUAUGCAAGUGGACUAGGACACAAGUUUCACUUUCACAAACGGUUCCACUUCUAAGCAUGAAAAAAAGCUUUAUUUCCUUUGGUGGGGUUUAUUUGUGUGUGGUGGGCUCAAAUAGUUUUUUUCUUUUCUGUCCUCCAUGUACUUUGGGUCUUCCUCUAGAAGCUGUGAUGGGAAUGAGAUUACUUUCACUGUACAAUGCCCUCCAAUACCUUUGUGACACUCGAAAAGGGGUCCACUGUCGCUUGGAUGACCGAUACCAUCCUCUUCCUGCUGUAAGGUCAUUGGGUAAUGUCCAUACUGUAGGACUAUUUAAGUAUACUUUAGGACAGUUUUGAGUGUACUGUAGGGCUUGAAGGCAGUUUGAAGAGCAAUGUUUUUGUUUGUUUGUUUCGUUAUGACAGUAUUGCUUUUGUUUGUAGAGAAGAUCUAUCAUUUCUUUGCUGAAAGAAUGGUUUGCUGUAGGGCCAUCGAAGCUGCUAGCAUUAUGAGAGGAGCUCCGAAAACAAUGACAACAAACAAACAAACAAACAAACAAACAAAAAUCAAGCAAGCAAAGUCUAAAGCCUCCUCAUCUGUGGCCUCCUAGAUUAACCUACAACUCAAGAACAAACAGGUGUGCUAGCAAACAAACAUGACUUUGCCUUAACAAACAGAAGUAAUGAAUGUUUGUGUAGCUCGUUUUCCCCUUAUAUAUAAAUAUAUAAGCCAUACUGGCUGAUUGAAUAGCAGGUCAAAUGCAAGUUGUAGCUAUUGCAAUUAGGUGCAUAGGUAGAAUGUCAUGUCUGUGCAUUAUGCCCCUCAUCCCCCCCAAUUCAAAUACUACAUUUUUAGAUUUCUUUCUCCCAGAUAAAUGGCACUCCUGCUAAGUGAAACUGAAUUUUGGCUACAGGCAUACACGCUGUGGAGACCACAUUGGCACACUGGUGGAGGUUGUUAGUCCAAGUCAGGACAGCCUCACCAGUGUUUUGUGUCGUGUGAAACUGUAUAAUGCAUUUCGUUUUCUCGGGUUUGAACCUCUUGAGCCAGAGCUAGCUGUUUUUUUUUUUUUUUUAAAAAGCAUGGUGGUGUGGUGGGGAUGCAUUGCGUUUUUCAUGCCAUAUUUGCAGAUUUAAAGAUGUUGCGGUAGCGAUGUUGGUCGAAGCUAACAUACGAAUGUUGCACACAGUGAGCAGCCUCUGAAUCCAAUGGAUACAUACCUCUAUGCAGGUGAACUGUUGCUGGCGUUUAAAGUAGUUUUUUUUUUUCUAUUAUUAUAUUCUGUAUGGGUUCUGUGUCAUCAUUGCCCAGUGCUGUAUAACUGUAGUUGGGGAGUUGCUCACUCCUUUUAUAGUGUGUAAUGCUGUACCGGUUGCCCAGAUCAGAGUUGAGGAAUUGAUUUUUUAUUUUUUUUUCUCUCUUCUUUUCCUCACCCUGGGUUAGAAUGUCUGUGUUACUGUAAGGGAAGGUCAGUCUUUUGAAUGUAAACACUCCAUAACCACAAAAACGAUUAAAAAAAUAAUAAUAAAAAAAAAAAACGGCAACAGCACUGAGUUGCUAGUUGCUACUGCUAGUUUUCUCUAGUUCACUAUUUUGUUUGUCUUUUGUAGAGGGCUUUUCCCCCUCAACUUAGUUCCAGAGUCACAUUUGGCAACCUCAGUACAGUGCAAUGCGUGUUACUAUUAUGACUGUCCUUUUUUUUUUUUUUUUGUCCAGGCUCUGUGUCUAUAUGUGCAACUUACACAGUUGCACCCCAUCAAUGUUCAUGUUCAUUAGCUAAUGAAAUAAAAUACAAAUAUGCCAUGUGAUUUUUAAAACUAGUGUCUGAAUGAGUAUAGUCAUAUUUAGUCACUAUAUAUUCUAGUGUUUCAAAUAAAGACGUACUUUGAAGUAUGAGCACAAGCAUGUAGUUACCUUCUGUCUUUCAUUUUGAUUAUAUAUAUAUAUAUAUAUAUAUAUAUAAAGCCAAUGUGUGGGGAUUGUAAAGAUUUCUUUUCCAAUUCCUGAUGGUACAAUCAAAGAUUUUCUGUGUGUGGCUGUAUAGCACUCAAUAACAUCCUCCCCACAAAAUAGCAACAGAAUAAGCAAGUGUAACCUGUUUAAAUUAUUGACCUAUUAUCUAUAUAUAUUCGUAUAUAUAUAAAAAGACAAUUGGGAGAGGACAUUUUUCUUUUCUGUUUGGAGAUGUCGAAGUAAACAUGCUACGGUUAUGUGUCCCAACCAAAUACUCUGUGUGUGUGUGUGUGUGUGUGCAUUCUUCAUUGUGUAGAUACACUUUAUUGAUUAGAGGAGGCAGUCGGAGGUGGUGGUGGUGGUGCUGGGGGUCUGCUUGUCAUUUGGGUAGAGGGGAGAUAUGGAGGUGGGGUGAGCCACAGGUGAUGUCCUCCUGGUUGUGACUUUUUCUGCCACUUUCCCUGUUAAGCCCAGUCCCCACUCCUCUCCUCUCCUCUCCUCUCCUGCCCCUCUCUUCAAACUUCCAUUUGUAGCCAAAGCAACCCCACUCCCCCUAUCCCAUGUCCUGCCACCUGUCCAAUGCCAUCCCAGUCUCUGCCAGUUUUGGCAAUGAAUGGAGCAUAACAAUGGAUUGUUAAGUUAAAUGAGCAAUGGCCAACCUCAUAACCCUUUAACUCCCACCCCAACCCCCACCUCCAGGUCACACUGCAACUCUUAACUAACUUGUAAAUAACUAGUCUAACCAGAGUAAAUUAAGGGAGUGGAAUCGCUUAAUGACAAAUUAAUAUGGAGAAAGAAAUAUUUAUUUUAGUUUAGACUUCUCCAAGUUUUUAUUAUAUUAUAUUAUUUUUCUCAUGUUUUCUUUUGUUCAAAAUUAAAUUGCAUGUUGAUUUUUCAUCUUGAUCUUUCUCUCUCUCUCUAGUCCCUGUACAUUUCUAUCUUUUAUAUGCCUUUGAAAGACAUCUAUGUUGACGAACAGUUAAAAACAAUGUCUCUUCCUGCUCAACCAUACGGAUGGAUACAAUCUAUUAAACUGGGACAGUAAUUUUUUUUUAUAAACUGUACUGUUAACCGUCACAGAUAUGCUUUUUCUAACAUUUUAACAUUUAAAGUUCCCAAUACUUUGUACAUCUUUAUUGCAAUAAAUAAAGAAUCAAAUGAAAUGAA